AUGUCGCUCGCCACAUGCGUUCCCACACCGGCGACCGUCCGUACAAAUGCGUCCAUUGCGGCGAUCAGUUUGCAAGAAGGUGCGCGAUACGCUACGCGAAUGGGCCACUUCGCUCACAACGCUCCUCGUCCGUCUAGUGAUUUGCUCUCCAGACACGUCAACAAGUGCCAUACAAACGAAAAGAAAAACCCAAAUGCGCCUCAAGGUGCGGGAAAUGCCCGCAGAAAGGGCCGCCAGCCCUCGAUGAGCGGUCCUAUCGACGCGCCUCCCAUCAUCCCACCAAACCCGCUCUUCAACGACGUUCUGAACCCAUAUCAGCACCAUAUCAACGCUGUAAACGACCCCUUUUCGUCAUCCCGCCUCCCCUCGGCUCCGCUAUACGCCCAGUCACCCGUCAAUGCCUUGCACAACACUGCGAGGCGAUAUUCGCUAGCCCAGUCUGUCGAGGGACUCGAUCCUCCAUCGCUCUCGUCGUCCUCGCUCGCCUCGACGUCGUCUGCAUCCGCUUCUCUGGACAGCCUUCCCCAUGAGCCUGUCUUCCACGUCCCUCCAACUCACUCAUAUGCCUCGUCGCAGUCACUCUCCUCUGCCUUGCAUGGUCUCACCGACGUCAACCGUCAGUGGAAUCUCCCACCGCAUCCCCACCAGCCACCCUCGCAGCAUCCGGUGCACUACAAUGGCUACACCUUUGACGAUGGACAAUCAGAUGACCCCUCAAGAGGAUUCAAGCAGGAUCCAGUGUUCAACUCGAUGCUCCCAAACCAGCCCUACAACGAUCUCCCGACGCCGCUGGCAUACCCAAGUAUGUCGUACGGGCUCUCGCGAUCGGCAGGCGUGGAUCCGUUUAUUCCGAGCAACCCCGCCGAUGUUCCGAAUGCACAACCGCAAUUGAGCCACCAGCCACCGCCGUCGUUUGAUGGGCAGCACGCUCAGCGAUUUGUCGAUGGACAACAGAGGGGAGAAGGAGGUUUUUCGUCGGCGUUUGGACUCAUGUCUCUCGAAGACGCCGCUGUGCUGGCGGGCAUGGCCCCAGAUGGCGUCCCCUUUUUCGAAAAUGCAAUGGGAAUGCCCUCGGGUGUAGUAAAUGCUACCGACGUCCAGACACCCAAUACACGCGAGAGAGAGAUUAAUGCACUACGCGAAAUGUGGGCCUCGUUUCUCAAGGAUCCGACGACAGGCCUUCGACCAGACGGAACGGAAAUGCCACGUCCUGAGUUCCCCAUCCCAGCGACUGCAGGUGGAAAUAAUGGAGCCACGUCGACUGCUGGGAAUCACCCUUCUAUGCACUUGCAUAGACGGUCGAGCUCGUAUGGCGGGACGACAAAGGGUAUGGGCCUCUCGGUUUUGAAGAGUCCACCACUACCACACAUGCCAACCGCUCAGCAAACGCUCCAAGGUGGUGCAAACGUGGUCCAGAAGCUCGAAGAAAAGGCGUCGGGCAUCUCGUCGAAUGCGCAAGAGACCAACAUGAACCAGCAAACACACAUUGCUCAAGUUGCUCAGGGAGAAAAUCUAAAGAGCUACGAGGAGGCUGUAUUAGCUCGAAAGGCACCAGUCCUCAAGUUGCCGGCAAAGUUGAAGACAAAGGAUUCUUCAUCAUCGACGGGAAGCGGUAGCAGUCUAUCAACAACAGGAGGAUCACUUCUUCCGUCACUUACCUCGAGUUCCAUCUUACCACCUCUCCCGUCAAGCUCUGGUACAUCAUCUAUCCUACCCUCCAUUGCCUCAUCACGAUCGGGAACGGCGACGCUUGGAGGUAGCGUUGGAAGUCUAUUCCAAAAUCAGCAAGCACUCCCGACUGCAGCAGGUGCGAGUGCGGUUCCCGUUGGAUCGACGCCGCUCCAGGCGCAUCUCUCUGGCCAGUAUCAUCCGCUCACCCAGCAAGCCCUGGCGCAGCAACAAGCAUCGAUGGCAGACAGACCUAUGAUUGCCAUGCCCCGGCCACGUUCGAGAUCACGGCCGUCUACGGCAAGUGGUGCUCCGACCCGUCCUACUAGUGCAGUCGCCUCGGCUGGACCAAACGGUGCACAACAGGGCGUUUCGACAAAUAGCCAACCGCCUUCACGACCUGGUACGGCAUCUUCGAAUGGAGGUGCAGGGCUUGCUGGCACCCACGCCUCUCCACCACAUCCACAAGCGCAAUCGCAGCCCAACUCGCGUCCUUCAACCUCGCACGCGCAUUACGUCGGCCACUCGGCUGUCUCCCCUUCACAUACGUUUGCGUUCAUGCCUCCACCUCCGAAUCACGCACCCCCCAUGCCAGGACAGGCCUUUCAGCCUGGUAGCCUUCCGAACGAAUCCAGCAUGGCCGCGGCAAUGGCAGCUGCCGGUGGCUCUGCCACUGGACCGAUUGUCGUACCAGAGAGUCCAGUGACGGGCAACCGACCCUCGUACAAACGUCUUGCCUCGCAGCAUCUCGAACCAGCGUCGACAAAACGACCACACAUUCGGCGCGGCGACACGAAUUUCAACCCAACCGUCACGAGCCCCGGGAAUGCAAGUAAUGGGAAUGCAAAUAGUGCCAUGGAGGAAGACGGAUUCGAGUCUGAGGGUAGCGUGGGUGGGAGCGAGCGUAGUUUUGGACACUAUCAGCGUCAUCCACGACCAUACCCGCUCGGGAUGAAGUCUCCCACAAUGGCGAAUAUGCCACCCGUCUCUGGGUCGGGAUACCCUGGCCAUGGAUUCAAUGGUUCCGGCCUGGGGAUGAUGUCGCCUGCUGGGAUGAGGAGGAUGAGCGAACCGGCCGUCGCGGCUCCCCGCAUGGCCAUGCGUCUCCCACCUGCAGCUGCACAAGUCUCUGUCGGACCUCCGAGUGGUGGGAGCAAUAACACCUCGGUCUAG